AUGAGGACCUUUAAUAGAAGCAUAGACCUGAGAAAUCACCUGGAAGAGCAUAUUAAGCGUAGGCUGUGGCCUUCAAAGUGCUCUAGCUGCAGCUACAUCUCUACUAAUCAACAGGAUUACUGGGGACAUCUUCAUGAUGUACACCAUUACAACAAGGCUAUUUGCGUGCCAUCUGAGAAAGCCCAUAGGAAGCGACCUUCCUCUGAGAUAGAUGAGGGAUGUAUUAGAGAUCGGAACCCACCUAAGCAGGAGAGGCGCCCCCGGAAGCAGCAGAAGAAGUCCUUGGCACCACCACACACUAGUCUAAAGGAUCUGAAGAUUAUCCUCUGGGAACCUCCUAUAAGACAAUACCAGGCCAUGUUUCCUCUUCCUGCUGAGGCGGCACAUGAGAAUGAAGAGUGCCUGAUGGAUCUGGCCUACCAAGCAGUUAAUCACUGUGAGCACUUUAACUAA